GUCUUCUUGUAAUGUGUUUGAUCUUAACUGGGACUAAAAAAGGUGGGGGUGCUGCACUCCCCCCACUGGGCUUUGCUGCCCGGGUGGGGUCACUUAGCACCGCUGAGCGGCAGCUGGAAUCGGUGCCAGAUCAUGCUGAAAAAGAGCCAGUGGAAGAUACAGAUCCAAGCACUUUUUCCUUAGAAAUGACAGAAAAGUAUCCUGUUCAAGAUACUGCACUACCUAAAGAUGAGGAGUACCUAACAGAUCAAGUUACAUUGGAAAUAGCAUCUGUAAACAUCAGGAGUCUUACAUCAGAUUCUGGCCUGAUACAACAGCCAGAAGAGGAUGACAGUCAAAACCAUACUGGAGAAUCACUUUCAGAGCUGAAGAAAUCCUGCAAAGAAAAUGGCACCUGCUCCUUAUGUUUGUUCCGUGCUCCAACAAUCAGUGACUUGCUUAAUGAUGAGGACUUAUUGUACAAAAUGAGAAUAAAAUUGGAUCCAUGUCACCCAACAGUGAAAAACUGGAGAAAUAUGGCAAGUAAAUGGGGGAUGACCUAUGAUGAAUUGUGUUUCCUGGAACAGAAGCACCAGAGUCCUACCUUGGAGUUUUUGCUACGGAAUAGCGACAGAACUGUAGAGCAAUUGAUAGAUCUGUGUAAAUUUUAUCAAAGAAAUGAUGUUGUAAAAGUGCUUCUGGAAUGGGUUGAGAAUGAAUGGCCAAAAAGAAGGAGUAGAACAUAUCAGAAUGACCUCUAGGUCAAAGAAAAUUGAUAUCUUAUAUUGGUUUAGUUUUUGGACAUUGAGACCUAAAGCAGAGAAAAAUUAACUUGAUUAGUCACCAUAACUAAAUUGAAAACUUUCCUGUCAAGGACAUCUGUACCAAUUCCUUAUAUAGCACAUAAAGCUUGCAUUCUGUGUACAUGUGUCCAUAGCCCUUAUGGUUGCAAAGAUAAGCUUCCAAAUGUGAACUGAGUUAUGCAUAGGUAUGUUCCUGAAUCUGCAGACAUCUUCAGUCUCUUUGCUGUUGCUCAUAGAUUUCCGAGUAGGAUGAGAGCAUGAGAGUAAAAGAACGUUUGUCAGUUCUUUUACUCUGCAACUUAGAACCUUUGAAGGAGUGACACUGAUGAGAAAGAUGCCAGUUGUAUGCAACUACUCUUUUGGAAAGCUGUGAUCAGCAGCUAAGUUCCUUAAACUGUUGUUUCAUGACCUCACCUGUGACUCUUCUUCUAUUUUUGAUAUCAGGUUCUACAUAAUAUGUAUAUGGUCAUUUUUCUGUCCCUAUCAGAAAUAGUAGAAACAUCUUCUUGAAGGAUGUAAAUUAUUUUUGGUAGAGGAAACACUUUUCUUCUUUUCCAGAUCAGUUUACUUUUCCAUAUUGAGAUUAAUUUAUAAUGUUUGAAUGCCAAACAGAGAAUUCAAACUUAUUUUUUUCAUUACAAAAAAAAUAUAUCUCAUGAAAUGUUGCUGUAUGGAUCAGCAUCAUUAGAUUUAUACAUUGGUUAUGGAAGACAUCACACACUUAACUUACAGAAUUUCCAGGACCUGUAGGUGCUGGGGAGACCCGAGCAAUGACAAAAGUGCUUUGAAUUAAAAGUGAAUUCCCAGCGUUUUGAAGGAAAUGUUCCUUUCUAGAGAUGCGUAUCUCAAAUGUCUCUCAUUUUGGGUGUAGGAGAAUAGUUAAAGUAUCAGUCAGGCUAUCCUCAGCACUGACUAUGACUUUCCUGCUCAAAGGUUGUGGUUUUUCUUCAACAGUUCUGUGGGGUGACCCAUUUCCUGUCUCACACAGAUAAAUUCACUGUUAGGCAGAGAAGCAGUACAAAAUUUAUGCAUCACUUCAUGGAAUUUCAUCAACAGGGAGAGCCAACAGAUGGCUAUUCUAGGAUUUAAGUGGGUUUGGGACUUAUCAGUUGGCCCAGGGGUUGUAAUUCAAGUGGCUGAAAGAUGCAUCGAUUAGAUAUUACAUGCAUUUUAGAAAUAAUCACCAUAACUGAAUUUGGUCUUUUUCGUACAGCUCUGUAUAGAAUAUGAUAUAACAUAUUUUAAAAGAAAUUUGAAAAUCAACGUUACAGCAGGUUUUUAUAAAGCAUACAUAUGUUAUAAUGCUACAAGAAUGAGAGGUCUAUUAAUUUUUUAGUCAUACUAUUACAAUAUUUUUAGACACUGCCUUUUCUAUAUGAACUAAAGCAACUUGGGUAAGUACAACAUGUACAUAAAUGUAUAUACCAAAACAGUGGUGUACACAGCACCAAGAGACAGGAUGAAACUAGAAUGGACUGCAUGCACCAUUUAGUUUCAUGAAUUAGGAAUGACCACAAAACUUAAGUGACAAAGGUGAGUGAAGACAAAAGUGGGGUUGUGCAUUGAGUUUCUGAGUUCAACAAAAGCAAAAGGGACCUCUGUUACAUGUAUAUAUUUUAUAUCAGUGGGGAUGUCUAGUGAGCAGCUUGAGAUAAAGGCCAAUAUUUUCAAAGCAAAGGGCUGGUUCCAUGGCCCAUGUAAGAUAGCAUUAUCACUUUGACUACAAUAAUGUUGAGAGCCUGACCUCUGGCUCCUAUUAUUAUGUUACAAAACAAAAAAUGGUCCUGAAUUCUAGCUGGUUUGAGUGGGGACAGUGGAAAAAUUUCUGUUGAAACUUUUUUUCUUUUCGAUGGAAAAUGGGUUAGAGUACAGGAUAUGGUCUAACUAAAUGUUUGAAAACAUUGUUUGCCAAACAUUAUUUGCACAAAUGCAAGACAGUUUGAAUUUGAAAUGCUGUUGCAGUAGUUCAUGUUUCAGCUUUUAAUUUUUUGCUGAUAAUGUAAACUGUUUUCUUCAUUGUCAUCAAAAAUUAUUUUCUAGCCAUCUUAUGUUCUUGAGCCCUUUCAGCUCUCACUGAAGUCAAUGUGAGCUCUAAGAGUUCAUCACAUUUGAAGAGUGAAGUAUUUUUGAGAGCCCAAAUAUAGACUGAACUUUUAGCCAUCUCAGUUGAGAGACAUUAGCCUUAAACAUUUUAUUAAACUUAUGGUUGCUCAUUUUUAGUACAUUUGAAGUAAUAUGACUUGUUGAAUAUUUUUAUUCUUGAUAUGGUAUGAAUUGGGUUAGAUAAGUCAGAUAUUUUCGUACUUUGUAUAUCCAUGUUUACAAGAUGUUGGUCUGAAUGUCUGAUCUGUCUCUCAUUGUUUAAUAUAAUUGUAUACUGUGUUAGUAGAAGAAAUAUAAAUGCUAACUGUUCAUAGUUGUU